UCGUCCCAGGGGCGACAGGGCGAGACUGCCAAGAGGAGGUAGAGAGACAUGACCAUGACGGACCGAACCAAGGAGUUCCACGGGGCGGUCAGUGCCUUCCGUCCCACAGUCACGGCGGUCAACAACAGCGGAGAGGCAGCGUUAAUCAGGGCACAGACCGACCUCGGGUACAGAAAGACGUCGGAGUUUCUCCAGCUCGCUGCGAGCGUCGCAGUCGGCUUCGAGGGCACGUCCAGGCUGAUCGGGCGGUUGAAGAAGCUCGUCGGACGCAAGGGUUUCAGCAACAACCCGGCGGCCGAGAUAAGCGACGUCAUGAAGCUCUUCGAGGGGGACAUGGCCGGCCUACAGAAAGACAUAUCGUCGCUGCAGAGGUACGCAGAUGGCGGCACCAGGGGGAGCCCGCCGGCCAACAGCCAGCGGCAGAUGCACUGCGCGUUUAUCGUGACGACGCUGCGGAGAAGCGCGCAGGAGCACACGAAGGCCUUUCGUGACGCGCUCAUGCUGCGAGCAGCGGUGGAGAAGCAGCAGAACGAACGCCAGCGAAAGUUCUCGCACUCCCGCGGCGUCGCCCCCGCGACCCAGCUGGACUACCCUCUCUUCGGAAGCAGCGGCGGCGGCGCCGGGGGAGGGGCACGCCGCCGCCGCCCGACGGCCAAUCUGCCGUCCCCCCCGCCGCCUCUCCCCGACGAAGACGACGAGGACAACAAGGGGCACAAACACGGACCCCGAAAAGGCGGAAAGGCUGCGUCGGUGUUGCCGUUCCCUUCCGGUAAUGGAGGCACAAGGGCAGGGGGGGGUACAGGCGGCUCCUCCUGGCCCCAGAAAUCGGCGGUCCCCGCGCCGUGGUCGGCAGAGGGGGGAAGAAACGGCAACGGCAAUAAUUGUUCGACGGGCGUUGGCAAAGGGGGGUACGACGCCGUCGGAGCAAUGCCACGAGCAACAGAACCGGCAGCAGCAGCAGCAGCUGCUGCUGCGCGAACAGACAGCAAUGGAGGGUUCCGGGCGGGGCCUCAUACGGCGCCGACCUUUGGCAGUGCCAACGGUUACGUACCACCGGCUGCGGGGGGUGGGAGCGGGAGAGCGCAUGCGGCGGCUCCGCCAGGGUUUCCGCCUCUUCGGACCGAGGCGUCUAGAGGCGGUGGGCGCGCCACUGGGCUGCGGAAACGACCAGGGCGAGAGGAUGGGGGUGACGCGGAGGAGGAGUCCCGCCGAGCGGCAUGGCAAGUUCAGGUCCAAGAGGACUCCAAGACCAGAGUGGACGAAUCACACAAGGUGGAGAAGAUGAUCGGCGAUUUGGGGCACAUGUUCAGCCGUUUCUCGACGAUGGUGGCGGCGCAGGAGGAGGUGGUUAUGCACAUCGAGGACGACGUCGAGGCCGCUCACGCCUUCGCCGAAGAGGGACAGGCGCACCUCGCCAAGUACUACCAGAUUACGAGCGGCAACCGGGGCAUCAUCAUCAAGGUGUUCAUCAUGUUGAUUGUUUGCAUCUGGGUCUUCCUGGGUCUUAUGAGAUGACACCCCCCUUCUUAUCCGCUCCAUCAAUUUUGCGUAGCCCCCCGGCCGAGAAAUGCGGAGAGCGCCGACAUAUAUCAACUGCGCUCAAGUAACACGCACGGGUUCAAAUCCCGGCUGGUCACUUUCCCAAGCAUCAUGGAGUUCUUUUCCGGCAGCGUCUGGCGAGGGGUCCGUCCCCGGAGAUCCCUACUCUCAAUCCCAGUGAUUAAAAGUCGUAAACCCUGCACAACGCCGUUGCCAUCGAAGGGCUUUCGUCUUGGUGACAGAGCAUGUGGGCAAGGCAUUAUACGUUAAUGGUCUGGUCGAUGCCCUUUGCCGGCAUUGGUGCGGGUGGCGAUGUAUCUCUCGUGUCUUUGGGGUUACGUGUUUGUAGGUUCGACGAGGGAGGGGGGUCGCGCGUUGGGGGGGGCGAUGCCAUCAAGUGAUUGGGAGUUACUACAGCCCCAUUCGUGCCUAGGAGCCCCGGCAGGGUUGCAAUUUAGGUUGUGUGUUCCUCGCGUGGCACCUUUUGGCCGUAUUGUGUCAGUCGGCCUGUCGAGUAGUUGACUGGCCAGAUAAUGCAGGCAAGAACGCGUGCUUAGACAGCUUUGCAUCGGCUGGGUCACGAUGUUGUAUCUAUCAUUUUGACAUGAGGGUGUGUUCGCCUUGCAAAGGAAGCGGCAUGGUGACCUUCACGUGUCUGUUUUGCGCCCACUCGGCGACUACUUCGAUCGAUCUGUGUGAAUCACCCUCGUUGUCGUUGUUGCCAUCCAAACGUUUGUUUAGUGGCGAUGUUUUCGUUCUCGUCGGUGUGCUGGUGUGGUGAGUUCCCGACCGAACGAUGGGGCGGUGCUUGUGGCGGCAAGUGUGCAUGUCGCGCCAACACUGCCAUUAAGCCACAAACUUUGUAUGUUUGACGACUGCAUAGAUCGCUGAGCGCGGUGCCAGUUGGUCCAGCCCCGUGCAUUACGCUCGUUCCCCGGUGGCUCGCGCGUCACCCACGGGUGGAGAGAAUGAGGUGUGCACAAGUAUCCCAAAGUAGUUAUCCACAGGCGGCUCGGAGUCGACAUAUCUGGGCGAUGUUACCGGACGUUCGGUACCGAGUAAGAACUGCCUUCUUUGUCCUUCACUCAGUUCCUCUGCAGACAGGGAACCCUAGGUUGUGACGUCUGAGGUUUCAGCGACCUUUUUGUUCCUCAAUGGGUCAUUUUUUUCAUUCUAUAAUACUUCUACACGCUAUACAACCAAUGGGGUUACGCGCCGACGUCCACAGGUGCUAAUACUCCGGCAGCCACAAGUCUUCAGGUAGCCCAAGCUCAUCGUGCGUGCGUCCCACCACUGCUGUGCUGCUACCGUCCAAUCCGUACAAUCCUAACCAAGAGGGGAGACUCGCACAGGCAUAUCGAGCGCACACCCUCUCGCUGUUGUAGCAUAGUCACAGCGAACAGGUUAACAACAGUCUUACGGCUGCUGCGCCGCGCUGUUCUGUUCGUUGCCGCUAGAAGACAUCCAGCGAACACGCCAUCGCGGGGCAAAGCGCAAAAACACAGCACAAGCGCCCUACAACCAAUUCUGCACAUGGAAUCUCUCGCUCACACAUCUCGCGGUGCUACCGCCGCCUCUGGUACUCGUUCAAACAUUGGGCACAACGCAGCUCAAUCUAGCCCAAGGGACUCACUCCCCGCCAAAACCCUUGCCGGCCAAAGGGCAUCAAACCUCCGAUACAAAAGGUAGAUAUUUACAACGUUCAAUACAUGAGUAAAAAAAAUAAUUUCCCAUUCCAUUCGUUCUCUACGCCGGUUUCCAGUCUGUGUCCAGCCAAUCUGGUAGAGGCGGAGGGGGGUACGCAGAAUACCUCAUCUCCCUCAGCCC